AUGGGACCCCCAGCAACCUGCAGCUGGUCCUGGCUGCUGGCCGCCUGCGUGGCCAGCCGGAGCGGCCCUGCCGAGCCCCGUGACAGCAGCAACCACAUACCUGUGCAGCUAGAGAAUAUCGGCACCUUCCGAGGAGUGUGCAAGAAAAUCGACCACUUCCCCGAGGAUGCGGACUACGAGCAAGACACGGCUGAGUAUCUCCUCCGUGCGGUGAGAGCGUCCAGCAUCUUCCCCAUCCUCAGCGUGGGUCUGCUGUUCUUCGGGGGCCUGUGCGUGGCGGCCAGCGAGUUCUACAAGAGCAAACACAACGUCAUCCUCAGCGCCGGCAUCUUCUUCGUCUCUGCAGGUCUCAGCAACAUCAUCGGGAUUAUAGUCUACAUCUCGGCCAACGCAGGGGACCCCGGGCAGAGCGACUCCAAGAAGAGCUACUCCUACGGCUGGUCCUUCUACUUUGGAGCCCUGUCCUUCAUCAUCGCCGAGAUGGUGGGGGUGAUAGCUGUGCACAUGUACAUUGAGAAGCACCGCCAGAUCCGUGCCAAGUCCCACUCGGAGCUGCUGAAGAAGUCGGCCUUCACCCGCCUCCCCCCCUACAGGUACCGCUUCCGCCGGCGGUCCAGCUCCCGCUCCACUGAGCCCCGGUCCCGGGACAUGUCGCCUGUCAGCAAGGGGUUCAGCACCAUCCCCUCCACCGACAUCUCCAUGUUCACCCUCUCCAGGGAUCCCUCCAAGGUCACCAUGGGGACGCUGCUCAACUCGGAGCGGGACCACGGUUUUUUACAGGUCCAUAACUCCAUCCCCAAAGAGUUCAAGGAGUCUUUGCACAACAACCCGGCCAACAGACGAACCACGCCGGUCUGA